AUGUUCCAGCCUCAGCGUGUUGCUCCGCAGUUCGACCCUAGUCUUGUUCAGAAAUGGAUGAACGCAUGCAAAAGCUCUCAUGGGAUCCGGUGCCAAAUUCCUGCUAAAAUCGACGUGCCUGGCUUAUUGCUCAUUAAUCGCUACACGAAUCAAGUUUGCGAGGCACCAUCAAAUGCAAGCUACGUCGCCUUGAGCUAUGUUUGGGCAAAAACAACAGCGGUCAAUGUGGUGCCUGUAGCAUCUUUCGAGAGUAACCCGGUGAAAUCACUCCCCCUUCUACACUCGAUGUCACAAACAAUUACGGACUCCAUAUGUGUCACAAAACAGCUUGGCUUCACUUAUCUCUGGAUCGACAAGUAUUGUAUCAAGCAGCACGAUAAUGCUCAUAAAAUGGCGCAAAUAAAGAUGAUGGAUCGUAUAUAUAAAAGAGCCGAGCUCACCAUUAUUGCUGCCGCUGGUGACGACGAAAACGAAGGAUUGCCUGGGGUACGCUCCACCUUGCGAUAUCCACAGACUCUGUUCGGACAUGGUCUACACACUGUCAUAUUUGUUCCACCUGAUAUCUCCCUAUGCUCCAAGAGAUCUAAGUGGGCGACAAGGGGGUGGACAUUUCAAGAAGAUAUUCUGUCGAGUCGGCGAUUGUGCUUUGGUUUUUACGAGACUUUUUUCGUUUGCCAUAGCAUGCAAUGCCGCGAGGCUUUGAGGGGUAUAGAACGUACCAAGGACGAUAUCGAGGUGCAACGCUACUCACAAGUGUCAUCUUCCUCUGGCAGCCACGAUAAUUACAAAGCAAUAUCUAAAUUCUUAGAGCGAGGGGGACCGUUUCUAGGUGACGAUCUUAAGAAUCUUCAGAAUAAACCCGAAGCCAUCGCAAGGGGAUAUCUUCAACAAGUCAGACAUCUUCUUAAGGACUACACACCCCGCACGUUAACGUGUAAUUCAGAUGCACUUUCUGCGUUCUCAGGUGUCUUUAGCCAUUUUGAAGACGGCCAAUUCCCGGUAUACAAUAUACAGGGUCUCCCUAUCCUUUUCGCAAAGCAAUCGCCGAUGCAGCUUGAGGAAGGCUUAGCCAUAGCACUUUGUUGGGACCGACCUCAUUGGGAAGAAAGUGAGAGAAGACCGGAUUUUCCCUCCUGGACAUGGGCAGGCUGGACAGGCCCAAUCGACUACCAUCAUGGUAGACUGGAGCUUUUCCCGACAAAUGUUUCUCUCGAGUACAAGGAAGGAUCUAUUGUGAGCCUUGAAACAGUGGCUAGGCAUGUUGCAGACGACAUCAAAUCCGUAGCUGCUUGGCAAUCACAUAGUGCUACUUAG